AUGCGGGCUGCCGCCUGCCUGCUCUGCCUGGCGCUCUGCGCCCUGCCCGCUGCCCCAGGCGCCGAGCCGGCGGCAGCGCCCUUGGGGCGGCGGGGGGAGAAUCGCUUCGCCGAGCGGGAGAGCAUCAGGCCGCUGCGGCUGGUCUCCGGCGAGGGCGGCGGCGGGGCGCGGAGGCCGGCGCUGAGUACGCGGGUGCGGAGCGGCGCGGCGCGGACACAGUCCACCCACAUCGCUCGAGCCAGCUUCCAGGUGGAUGCUUUUGGAUCAUCCUUCAUCCUGGACGUGACACUGAACCAUGACCUGCUCUCCUCUGAGUACCUUGAGAGGCACAUCGAGCAAGGUGGGAAGACAGUGGAAGUUAAAGGAGGAGAACAUUGCUAUUAUCAGGGGGAGAUCCGAGGCAACCCUCUCUCCUUCGUGGCCUUGUCAACGUGCCAUGGACUACAUGGGAUGUUCUUUGAUGGAAACCACACCUACCUGAUUGAGCCUGAUGAGAACUACACGUCAGAUGAUGACUCCCAUUUCCACUCUGUCUACAAGUCCAAGCUGUUUGAGAUACCCUCAGAUGACUUGCCAUCUGAGUUCUGGCACAUGAACACCACAGCACAGGAGUUUAUUGCAAAGCCAAGGCACAAACGAAGGAAAAGGCAGGUCCGUCAGAUCCCACGGAAGGUUGAAGAGGAGACCAAAUACAUUGAGUUAAUGAUUGUGAAUGACCACCUGAUGUGUAAGAAGCACCGCCUGUCAGUUGGCCACACCAACAGCUACGCCAAGUCAGUGGUGAACAUGGCAGACCUGAUAUACAAAGAACAGCUUAACACCAGGAUCGUCUUGGUUGCCAUGGAAACCUGGGCUACUGACAACAAGUUCACCAUAUCUGAAAACCCCUUGGUGACCCUGCGGGAGUUCAUGAAGUACAGGAGGGAUUUCAUCCGGGAGAAGAGCGACGCCGUGCACCUCUUCUCGGGAAGCCGAUUCCAGAGCAGUCGGAGUGGGGUGGCCCACACUGGUGGCAUCUGCUCCUUGCUGAAGGGAGGAGGAGUCAACGAGUUUGGAAAACCAGACCUGAUGGCAGUCACCCUGGCCCAGACCCUGGCCCAAAACAUUGGCAUCUUCUCAGACAGAAGAAAACUUCUAAGUGGUGAGUGUAAGUGUGAGGACACCUGGUCUGGAUGCAUCAUGGGAGACACUGGGUAUUAUCUGCCAAGCAAGUUCUCCAAGUGUGACAUUGAGGAGUACCAUGAGUUUUUAAACAAUGGAGGGGGAGCCUGCCUCUUCAAUAAACCAACCAAGCUUCUUGAUCCCCCAGAGUGUGGCAAUGGCUUUGUGGAAGAUGGAGAGGAGUGUGACUGUGGCACCAUAGCGGAGUGUGCCGUGGAAGGCGGGGAAUGCUGCAGCUCCUGCACGCUGACGACGGGCUCCCAGUGCAGCAAUGGGCUCUGCUGCCGCAAGUGCCGGUUUGAACCCAAGGGGGUUUUGUGCCGAGAAGCAGUCAACGACUGUGACAUUGCCGAGAACUGCACCGGGAAUUCCAGUCAGUGUUCUCCCAACAUUCAUAAGAUGGAUGGAUAUUCCUGUGAUGACCAGCAGGGUAUUUGUUUUGGGGGAAGAUGUAAAACCAGGGACCGGCAGUGUAAAUACAUCUGGGGUGACAAGGUGACAGCUGCUGACAGGUACUGCUAUGAGAAGCUGAACAUUGAAGGGACUGAGAAGGGGAACUGUGGAAGAGACAAGGACUCCUGGAUACAGUGCAAUAAACAGGAUGUGCUUUGUGGAUACCUCCUGUGCUCCAACAUCUCCAGUGUGCCUCGACUUGGAGAGCUUGAUGGUGAAAUCACAUCAUCAGUCCUGCAGUAUGGAAAAGUCUACAACUGCAGUGGUGGCCACGUGAAGCUGGAUGAGGACACGGACCUGGGCUAUGUGGAGAACGGGACACCGUGCGGGCCCAGCAUGCUCUGCCUGGACCAUCGCUGCCUCCCCGCAGAGGCCUUCAACUUCAGCACCUGCCCCGGCACCACGGACACACACAUCUGCUCAGGGCAUGGGGUGUGCAGCAAUGAACUCAAGUGUGUGUGCGACCGCUCCUGGGGAGGAGAGGACUGCAGCGUGCGCCUCAAGGACCACCUCUUCUUUGAGAAAGAUGCCAUCAGGAAAGGUGUGGUCAGCACAAACAUCAUCAUAGGGGCUAUUGCUGGCACCAUUCUAGUGCUGGCUCUCGUUCUAGGAAUCACUGGUUGGGGUUACAAAAACUACAGAAGACAGAGACAAAUGCCCCAGGGUGACUAUGUGAAGAAGCCUGGUGAGGCCGACUCGUUCUACAGCGACAUGCCCCCCGGGGUCAGCACCAACUCGGCGUCCAGCUCGAAGAAGAGGUCUGCUUUUCUGUCGCAUUUUCAGCUCUCCACCUGUUCCAUCACCCAUUAUUCCAUUAGUCAGAACAUUUCAUUGUUUUGCAGCAGGUCCAAUGGAUUAUCCCAUUCCUGGAGUGAAAGGAUCCCAGACACAAAACAUAUUUCUGACAUUUGUGAAAAUGGGAGGCCCAGGAGUAAUUCUUGGCAAGGUAAUAUAGGAGGAAACAGAAAGAAAGUCAGAGGCAAAAGAUUUAGGCCACGGUCUAAUUCAACUGACAGGGUCACCCACGCAUCUGAGCCCGGGCUUGCCCUCGCCCACCCAUCCCCGGCCCAAGCCAUAAGCCCAGGGGGUUGUGCCCACCCCCAAGCAGGGAGUCAGGAUCACAGGUAUUUAAACCCAUGGUUCAAAAGAGAAUAUAAUGUAGCUAAGUGGGUAGAAGAUGUGAAUAAAAACACUGAAGGACCCUACUUUAGGACCCUUUCUCCUGCCAAGUCUCCAUCCUCAUCCACGGGCUCCAUCGCUUCCAGCAGGAAGUAUCCUUACCCCAUGCCACCGCUGCCCGACGAGGAGAAGAAAGCCAACAGACAAAGUGCCAGGCUAUGGGAGACAUCCAUUUAG